AUGUGUCUCUCGCUCUGCUUCCAGGCGCGUGAAUCCAGCGGCUCGUCAGAGUUUCUGUGCUCCGUGUGUCAUAAAGUGUUUCCUCUGCAGCGCAUGCUGACGCGUCACCUCAAGUGCCACAGUAUGAUCAAGAGACACCCCUGCAGGUUCUGCGGGAAAGGCUUCAACGACACCUUCGACCUGAAGAGACACAUGAGAACACACACCGGUAUCCGUCCGUACCGGUGUGAUCUGUGUGAGAAAGCCUUCACGCAGCGCUGCUCUCUGGAGUCUCACCUACGGAAGAUCCACGGCAUGCGGCAGCAGUACGCCUACCGCCAGCGGCGCUCCAAGAUCUUCGUGUGUGAGGACUGUGGCUUCACCUCCAGCCGACCGGACGAGUACUUCCUCCACGUCAGACAGCAGCACCCAGGCAGCCCGGCCCUGCGCCGUUAUUACCGCAAACACAUGCUGGAGAGCCCAGCGCAGCACAGCAUCACCCCCUUCAUGCUGUACCCCGCCGCCGGACUCUACAUGUGA